GGCCAGAGCAUGGGGUGAUGAGGACUCUCCUCUGCUGACCUCAGUGCAGAUGACCAGUGAUGGCCACAGCAUCACCUCAACAUUCGUUCGAUGACGUAAUAAAUCCAGGAGAACAACAACAGGAACAACAGCAGCAGCAGCAGCAAGAAUUCCUGAACUCACUGGAGACGAUUGUUCUCACAAUCUUCCUCUCCAUCAUUAUUAUCAUGACAGUGUUUGGCAACCUGCUGGUCAUGGUGGCGCUCUGCAAGGACAGACAUCUACGGAAGAAAAAGACCAACUACUUCAUUGUGUCACUGGCGUUUGCCGACUUACUGGUUGCGCUGGUUGUGAUGCCCUUUGCAGCGAUUGAGUUGACCACUGGCCAGUGGCGGUACGGAGAGAUCUUCUGCCUCGUCCGAACAUCUCUAGAUGUCCUGUUAACUACAGCAUCCAUCUUGCACCUCUGCUGCAUCGCACUGGACAGGUAUUAUGCUAUCUGCUGUCAGCCACUGGUCUACAGACACAAGAUGACCCCGGUGAGAGUGGCAGUGAUGCUCAGCGGCUGCUGGCUCAUCCCCACAUUCAUCUCCUUCUUACCCAUCAUGCAAAGCUGGAAUGCCAUCGGUAUCGAGGACAUUAUUGAGGAGAGGCGAGCUUUAACAGGAGGCUCCAAUGACACAAGCUGUGUGUUUCUGGUCAACCAGCCGUAUGCCCUGAUCUGUUCUGCUGUGGCUUUCUACGUCCCCUUGGCCCUCAUGGUCCUGGCCUACCAGCGUAUCUACGUCACUGCCAUGACCCAUGUACGACAGAUUGAGACACUGCAGCGCGCAGGCUCUGCUCCCGUUACCGGGACUGCUCCGGUCAUCACUGUCAGGUCCUCCACUUCCUCAGAUCCCACAGAGCACUACCGUCUUAGGACAACAAUGGGUUCCUCCUCUUCAGAGCAGGCUCCUAUAGCGAACAGCCGCAUGCGAGUUGAGACUAAGGCUGCAAAGACGCUGGCAGUAAUAAUGGGUUGUUUCUGCCUAUGCUGGGCGCCGUUCUUCAUCACCAACGUGGUGGACCCCUUCAUUCAUUACUCAGUGCCCUGGCAGCUGUGGACAGCCUGGCUGUGGCUUGGGUACAUUAACUCAGGGUUGAACCCGUUCUUGUACGCCUUUCUGAACCGGGCGUUUCGGAGGGCGUUUCUGGUGAUCCUCUGCUGCGGGGAUGAGCGGUAUGCACGGCAGGGGAGCUGCUCCUAUAGACAAACCCACAGAGCGUGCUCUGCCGCGUCGGUCAACGGCACGUCUAUGGCACUAAGAUUGUCUUUCUUGCCCAACCGGAGCUACAGCGACAACGGGCGGACGAUAUUGGCCAACGAGCAGGAGUCCCAGGACUCUCUUGGACCACUAUGAGGAACACUUUACCGAGACCAAGCUGUGACCAAGGUCAGCUGAUGUCGCUGACCUUGGAGAUCUUGGCCUCUGUAAUCUCAACAGUCUGCUGUGAUCUAGCCUGACUGGUCUACUUAAGAGGAUGUUGUCCUACCUGGACAUUCACUCUGUGAUACAGCAUCGUCAUGUUAUGUGACUUUAUAUGUGAGCUGAUGCUGUCCAGGUUAGUGGCACUACUGCUGGUCAACAAAAAUCUGACUCUUUCAGACGCAUAUAGGUGCAGAAGUACUGACUACAGAUUACUUGUGGCCGUGGACUUAAAAACACUGCCAGUGUGUUUCCAGGUCUGCUCUCAUCUGAGAAAGAACUGUUCUUCUCAUCUGAGAAAGAACUGUUCUUCUCAGUCCAACAUCUGGAUCAUAGAAUGUAAAGAUCAAGUCAGGCAUCCAGAAACUAGAGCGAACUACAAGCCAAUCUCUGACUAACAAGAUGGUGGAAGCAAGAGCUCUUUUGUGUGUUUUAACCUCUGAUUUAAAACAGUUUUUGGUGCUGUGUCACAAAGGAAA